AUGGCGUCCCGGCGGUUAGCAUUGAGUCUUUCGCAAGGUCUGCGAGGCCGCACAGGUAUUAAUGCCGUUGCUCCGCUGCGAAGGGGUUUUGCGACUCCUGUGGUGAAAAACGGCGUGAAGACGGAAUCAACAACACUGUCCAAUGGCUUGACCAUUGCAACAGAACACUCCCCAUGGGCGCAGACAUCGACGGUCGGCGUAUGGAUUGAUGCUGGAUCUCGGGCAGAGACGGACAAAACAAAUGGCACAGCUCACUUCCUCGAACAUCUCGCCUUCAAGGGUACUACCAGCCGAUCGCAGCAUCAAUUGGAGCUCGAAAUCGAGAAUAUGGGAGGACACUUGAACGCAUACACAUCUCGCGAAAACACCGUAUACUAUGCCAAAGCCUUUAACGCGGACGUACCAGCCACUGUCAACAUCCUUUCCGAUAUUCUGCAAAACUCCAAGCUCGAGGAAAGCGCUGUAAACAGAGAGCGAGACGUUAUUCUACGGGAAUCAGAGGAGGUUGACAAACAGUUGGAGGAAGUUGUUUUCGACCACCUACACGCAACCGCUUUCCAAGGACAACCAUUAGGACGAACGAUUUUGGGCCCUGCUGAGAACAUUUUGAGCAUUCAACGAAAUGACUUGGUGGACUAUAUCAAGACCAAUUAUACCGCUGAUCGUAUGGUUCUUGUUGGUGCUGGUGGUGUUCCCCACGAGCAACUGGUAGAACUCGCCGAGAAGCAUUUCUCCACGCUUCCAACCGAGCCACAUAGCAGUUCUGCCGCUAGAAUCGCAGCAGCACAAAAGACAAAGCCAGAAUUUAUCGGUUCAGAGGUCAGACUUCGUGAUGACACUAUCCCAACCGCCAACAUCGCCAUUGCCGUUGAGGGUGUCAGCUGGAAGGACGAUGAUUAUUUCACUGCUUUAGUUGCACAGGCUAUUGUUGGAAACUACGACAGGGCCAUGGGUAACGCUCCUCACAUGGGCAGCAAGCUCAGUGGUUUCGUCAACAAGAACAACCUGGCAAACAGCUUCAUGAGCUUUUCAACAAGUUACAGUGAUACCGGUCUAUGGGGUAUCUACCUCGUUACCGACCAACUCACUCGUAUCGAUGAUCUCGUUCAUUUCACACUCCGAGAAUGGUCACGGCUAUCAUUCAACGUCACCGAGGCCGAAGUCGAGCGCGCCAAGGCACAGUUGAAGGCAUCAAUCCUGUUGUCACUGGAUGGAACCACUGCUGUCGCCGAGGAUAUUGGCCGACAGAUCAUCACAACUGGACGUCGUAUGGGACCAGAGGAGAUCGAGCGAGUUGUUGGAGCCAUCACCGAGAAGGACGUCAUGAGCUUUGCCCAGAGAAAGUUGUGGGAUCAGGAUGUUGCUGUGAGCGCGGUCGGAAGCAUUGAGGGUCUUUUGGACUACAACAGGAUUCGUAAUGAUAUGUCUCGAAAUGCAUAG